CGCAUUUUGCGUACGCCUUGUGCGUGUAACUAUCAUAAUUGCUUAUUUUGGGAUACGCCAUCUUUAAUUUGCAACUCUCAGAUUUUCUGGAUUUUCUCUUAAAUUCGCAAUAUUUUUUGAAUCUGUAGAAAUUAAUGGCGAUGUUGGGAUGUUUUACGUCUAUAAAUAGUUCUCUGUUGGGUGUUUCACUCGAAUUCUUGAAGUUGUGUUGAGAUUUUAAUGGCAAUGGUUCAAGAAGAACCUGCCCAGAAGUGUAGCAAUAGUAGUAGUGGUGAUGGUGGGGGAGGUGUUUGUAGUGGUAGAUCUUUGAAAAAGCUUAAACAGAAAAAAGUGCCCCAAAGAGGAUUAGGGGUUGCUCAGCUAGAGAAGAUUAGAUUAGAGGAACAGCACAGAAGGGAGAACAAUGCUUUCCAAGCAGCUAGUAAUAGUGUUUUCUCACCUAGCAUCUUGCUGCCUAAUAUCUCCUCAAGGUCUCACCUUUCUCCUCCAUCAAUCCAUUCCCCUCCUGAUCUCCCCUCAUGUCUCCCAAAGUUUGAUCAUGAGGGUGGUGAGAGGGGUAGAUCGGGCUUGAUGAUCCCGGGCCACAGUCAGUGGCCCAAACUGUGGGAUGGUGAAUACAAUCUCGAAGGAGGAGAGAGUCGAAGGCUGGAUCAACUUGGGUAUCCAUUAUGGCCGAACAUAAACAUGCCUAUUGAACCGCAUUCUUCAGUUUUGCCACUCCCAACUGCAUUGCAGAGAUCACAGCAAUAUCAGCAGCCUGCUUCUUCAUCAAUGGUUAGCAAACUAAAUACCCAUAUAUUAUUAUUAACUAGUUUCUGGACGCGUGUUGGGUGAUAAGUAAAUGCCCAUUAUAAAUGGUUAAUUUUGGUUUACUUCGUUGGUUGGUAUAACUAUGAUCUAAGAAUUUGCACACAAAGUUGUUAAGUAGGACAUUAGAAUAGGUUAAGGUGCAUGCUACUCUAUGAAAUCUGUCAAAUUGUAUUCUAUGGGUGUUGUUAGGAUUUAUUUUUUAGAGGAUAAAAUCUGGAUUUAUCAAGUGAAUUGGAAUAUUGGAUAUAUACACCCAGUCUUAAAGGAGUAAAAAAUGGCCUACAUUCGCCAAAACAUAAAAUCAGUUGUUCUCCUCAGAUUUUUUUAAUGAGAGUUACUCUGUCUGCCAUGAAGAGAAAAUGACCCUCCUGUUUUAGAAUCUUAGAACUAAUCGAUUCAAUUAGAUCUUUAAACUCAGCAGCUUUUCAAAUUCUUUAUCUAGAAAAGUUCUCAAGCAAGUUAGAGGAAUAUCUAUUCACAAAGUUCAUUAAGAUUUCUUUUAAUGAGAAAAGGUCAAUCCAAAAUUAGAUGUCUGGCCUGUGGUUUUUAUUUUUUAAAAUGUGAUUAAAAUGUGCUAGUACAUCCGAAAGCACAUGAAGACUAUAACGAAGUAAAUUUCUUUUAAUAUUUUAAAGAGUAAUACGGUUUAUUAGUGCUAUGAUAACUUUAUUAGUAUAACUAAAUAGCGUGGGGCCAUGGAACCAUUGAUAAAGCAACACUAUGAGAUGAAUACAUGAUAAUUUGUUUUUAAGUCUUAUUAGCACUACAUAUUUUUACAUUACUAUGAAUUGCAUUUUUUUACCCCUUUCAGGUAUAUCUGGUAAAAAAGCGCAUGAAUGCGUAGUUAUGACAUUUGUGGCACAUUAUUAGUAACCUUUGGACUUCAUAUUAUCAAAAUCUUAUUAGAAAGAGUAAGUCUAAUAUAGUUGAAGUUGUUGUAAUGCACUUUUAUCAUGUGUUCACCUCUAGACCUGUGGAUAACAUAAAAGGGCAUAAAUGAAAAUAUAGCCACAAACACAUACGUAGUAUUGGCCACCCUCAAACUAAGUAGGGCUGCAUUGUUAAUUCAUACUACGUAUUAUCUAUUGAAAAGUAAGAAAAAAUGAUUUCAAAAUAAAAAACAGUACAUUGUAUGAAACAUGACUUGCUGUUAUGAUUUCAAUUAUCUUUUAAAAGAGAUAUUUAGAAAAAACAACGGUAAGAAGAUGGAAUAUGACUGCCCUGUCCAAAUGACACCUUAUGAUUAACAAAAGACGCGCUUAACAUUUUUUGCCAAAACAAAAGUAUAUCUUCCAAAAGGAAUAUUAUUUGGAAGGAAAGUCAUAAGAAAAAAUGGGCAUGUUAAGGGGGUUAGGAAAUAACAGGUAAACAAAGUUGGAGAAAUAAAAUGCAUAUCCAAUGUGAAAAUGGACAAAUUUCAGUCCACCUAAAAUGAUAAUUAACUCAAUUUGAGACUAAAAUAUACAUGAUACACAGGAAUAUAAUUUUUAGCAUUUGGAUAAAAGAAAAAACAAGAACUUUCUCUGCAAACCGCAUUUGUAUAACUGUAUUUUUGUUGAAACGAUUACAUCCAGUGUAUUGAUUAUUAAAUUUGUACCCACUGGAGUGGCUUGAUAGCAAUCUGUUUGCAAACUUUACUGUUUUAUUAUAAAGAUGGGCAUAAACACAUAUGAGCCACCCUCAAACAAGAGUUCAUACAUACAGAAACUUUACUUAUGCCCUAUAUACUACAGUAGGCACUACUACCGCUCUGUUUCGAUCAAAACAUAAAAUGAAUGGUUAUGUCAUUAUUCUUUUACAGUUGUCAAAUUACCCAGUCAAUUAUAAAUGAAGAGUCAACCAUAAACCACACCAGACAAUUGGUUAAAAUAUUCCUAUAAUAUUAGUGAUAUUAGUGAUACUUUUGUUAAAAACAAUACCACUAAUGAUACUUUUGAUAGAAAUAUCGCACUAUGUAUCAUAAUAUUUAAGUGUCACUAAAAUGUAUUGAGCUGGAAUGAGUUGAACACGAGGGCAAGUGGGCAACACACUCCUCUUGUAACUUGUCACACUUUGGGAUACUACUGGCCUGAUUAGACCAAAAUAUAAUAUGAUUGCGUAUGCCAUUACUCUUACAGUUGUUGAAUUUUCCACCAGUGAAAGUAUACCUAAACUAUAGUCUAUUACUAAUACUUUCGUUAAAAACUGUACCACCAGUGAUACUUUUGAUAGAAAUAUUGCCCUUUGUACCAUAGUAUUUAAAUGUUUCACUUAAAUAUAUUGAGUUCGAAUGAUGUGGGGUAUUUUGGUGGAGUAAUUUUUUCUUUACUUUUUACAUUUUUAAUCAACCAUGUUGUUUUAAUGUUGUUUUCACACUUUUACCGGUGUGUUUAAAUACAUGACUGGUCUUAAGCAUUAGCUUGUUUGAGAAUCCUUACAAUCCAACUUUAGUUUUCUCAUAGUGUGCGGUCAAGGAUAGAUUAGUGGCAGAUUAUUACUACAUGUCCAUAUACAAUACACUUUGCCUUCAAAUUGAAAUGCUUCUCAAAAUUUUCAACCAGGGAAGUGGUUUUCGAAGUGCAUGCGGGAAGUUAGUUAGGAGCUGCAUGUUUGUGUGUCUACUAUACUCCAAAUGCUAAAUUGCUAAUUAUAGUGACAUUUAGAAAAUUAUUAUUAACCUUUAUUAAACUGGAACAUUAUUAAAGAGGAGUAGUAGUUUACAAAUUGAAAAGGAUAAUAAAAAAAAGGUAGCCCUCAGACAAGAGCUUAUGCCUACAAAUGUCCUGAACAUGAAGUUCAGAGAUAAAGGAGAGGUAAAUUAUAAGUAAUCUUCAUGUAAUACAUGAUUAUAUAUUAAAUGUAACAAUUAGUAACCGUUGUACUACAUUUUAUCAAAGUCCUAUUUAAGUAAUGUGUGCCCUAAAUACUCCUGUGGGGUAACAUAGGUGGGCAUAAAUGAAAAAUAGGCGUAAACACAUUUUAGCCAUCCUAGAAAAAGAGCUUUAUAACUAGUCCUACAGAAACUUGACAUAUGUACUAAAUACUACUAUCGGCACUACUACAGCUCUUAUUUGGAACAUUCUUAAAGUGGAGCAGUAGCUUAUAGAGUAAAAAGGCUUAAUAAAGAUGGGCAUUCCUCCAACAAGGGCUUAUGAAGUAACUUAUGCCCUAAAUACUAAUGUGGGAUAACACGGAUAGGCAUAAAUGGAAAAUAAGUGUAAACACAGGUUAGCCUCCCUCAAACAAGAGCUCGAGCCUACAAAAACUUGACUUAUGCCCUAAAUACUAUUUCGGUCACUACUAUAGGUCUAAAUUGACCAAAACAUAAUGUAAAUGGUGAUGUCAUCACUCUUUUAGAGUUCUUAUUCAUGGACAAAGUGGACUAUUGCAAAUGUUCACUUCACAAAAAUGAGAGGAAAAAAUUAUACAUAAUAUUAAUAUAUACACUAUCUUAGUAUCUUAUAUAUAUGUUCUUCAUAUCAUAUGUGUUUAUAUAAUAAACGUAAUCCUGUGACAUGUACAAGGGUUAUACUGGCGUAUUCCCAGUGUCAACAAUGCACUUUGCAUACAUUCAAGCGUAACUCGAAAUAUAAAGCCGGCUUGUGAUUUCACAUGAACAAAAUGUAAAAUAGGCAUAUUCUUAUGCUGCAAGAGUACAAGCAGAGAGUAAUGAAAUAGAAUACGGAAACACAAAAAAAGAAACUGAAACGCAGUAGCGACAGGGGCUAGGGAAGGAGAUAUGACAGUUCACUGUGAAGUCGAGAUUCGAGAAAACGGAAAGAGAACUUACCUGUUAGCGCCACAAGAAGGAAACGAAGGGAGCCGCUUGGUGAGGUUAGCGUGCAGAAAGGAGCAGCUGGGUGUAGUAGGGUUAGGAGUGCUGAGAAAUGGAGAGAAAUGGAAGGUGUGUUCAAAGUGACAAAUUGACGAUGAGAGAUGGAAAUCAAAUGGGAAGAUAAGUUCUUUUUUAAUAGAGUACAGCUGGUAGAGCACAUUGUACAACUGACUAAGCAAGAUGAUUACACUAACAUUUUCCCCUUCCCUUCAAUAUCCUAACCUUCAUUGGCUAUUAUAAGAUUGUAAGAUAAUAUUAAGAUCAAUAUUAAUAUAGUAAUAGUUAUUAUUAUUCUUUUAUAUCCUGUGACUGAUUUGUGAAUGUUGCAGGUGAACAUCUUGUCUGGGAUUUCAUCAUCAACGUCAUCUUUAAAGAAUUUUCAGACAGAGCCCCCUUCAAACCAAAUUUACCGUGAUAACGAUUACAUGCCACUGUGGCCUGAGGAAGUGAAGAUGGUUGGUGUCAAAAGGCCAUAUCCUUUCUCUCCAGAAUACCCGCCAGUUCCAUCAUUUAAUUGCAAAUUUCCUCCUGGUUAUGCUUCUUCCACAUCGAGGGCAAAUAAUGAACCAACAUCCUGUGGCAACGGUAGCGUAGCUAAUGUAUUAGAAUCACACAAUCUUCCUAUCAGGGAAGGCACUUCAAGCUCACAGUUUGAGUCCAACUCAAGAAGUCUUAACAGAGAAAAUGGAGGUCUUGAUGGAGAUUUCCUCUCAUUGGCCCCUCCGGCCGAUGCAGCUUCUUCAUCACAAAUAGAUCAUAGAUACCACCAUUCAUCCAGAAAUCAACUCCCCCUAAAUCCUGAAGCAUCAAAUCAGGUGACCUAUAGUAAUAAUUGUUACAUUUUUCCAUUUGUUUUUGUUUUUAAUAUUUAACUCGUAUUACCAGUACAAUAUGUGGAGAUGAGAGAUGACUCCCUAGUCUCAUCCAUGCAAGAGACUUAUACAUGCAAUUAGUCCCUGAGGCCAUUGGCAUUGUCUUAGUUUUCAGUUUGUGCAAUUAACUGAUUUGUAGCUUAGGGAUGGAUACAGUCAUAGUUGUUUUCCUAAUAUAGCAUUACUUCUUUGGAAACAUGAUUUCCAUCUGGGUUGUUUUCCUAAUAUAGCAUUACUUCUUUGGGUACAUGAUUUCCAUCUGGGUUGUUUUCCUAAUAUAGCAUUACUUCUUCGGGCACAUGAUUUCCAUUUGGGUUAUUUAUUAAAAAAUACACGACCUUUGCUGCCUUCUGUGGUUUAAUCACGUCUUUUAGAUUUUUUCAAUCUGUUAUGCAUGCUUCUUAAGUUUUGCACUUUCAUAUGCAAUGUUGAUGAUCUACUUGAUUUUGCUUACAUUAUGACUGGAGAACUUGCCUUUUGCCAUGUAGAUUGCCAAGUUGUAUGCAUGCCUGUAUUCAUGUCUUGUGUGUUUAUCUGCUUUUGCGUAGUGUAAUAUGGGACCACAAAGUCAGUUCCAUCCUUUUUCAAGAACUUCAUAGCACUAUAAGCGUGGCAAAGAAUAAGCGUGUAUUUGGUCAGCUAUCAACCUUGUGUUAGUUUUGUAUAAUUUGCAAAUUUCGUAAGUGGUCUAUACGAUUCAUAAAAUUAAAAGAAAAUCAUAAAAUCAGAGUCCGCUGAAGGUCUUGUAUUUUUAUAUGACAACAAAUAACCCAUUUCUAUUUUGAUUUUUGUUGUCUUUUUUUUUUUGACUAAUUCCACUCUCAAAUUAAUAUAGAGAGGUGGUGAAGAGAAAAUGAAACGGCCAGGAAUGAAUGGAUGGGGUCAACCACACAUCUUUAGCUUCUUCCCGCCAACUAAGGUGCAAAGUGAUCUUGAAGAAAGCUCUAAAAGAAGUGACAAGAGUGAGUCUAAUGGAGUUGUAGAUCUGAACCUGAAAUUAUAGAUAGCAGCAGCUUGUCAACCUCCUUUGAUGAUUUUCCCAUGUUACUACAUUUAGUGUUUCCAUAUAUGGUUUCUACAAUUCUACUCAUUCAUUUGCACCGGUGGAUGAAUGCUUGAUUCUUUCUAUCUUGUCCUUGAUAUGAAAUAGUUUCCACGCGGGUAGAGAGAAAUAUAUGCACUUGAGUUGGAACAUGAAACCAACACCAACUUCUCGGCUGUGUUAGCAUUGUUUGGUAUCCUGUAGG